UUCUAUAUAAAUGUAUACUUUGAUUUCUUUUUUAAUAGCUGCAAUUUAGUUAGCCAUUAGUCAUUGCGAAUACGGAAAGCAUAAUAAAUUUUGCAAUACAUUGCCGAGUACAAUUCGUAGAUUCUACUUGCCCAUUUAUUUUAGCUACGGAUCAAAAUUUUUAUAUAUUGCGGUCGUAGUAUAAUCCAAUUAAUCCAGUUCUAUUUGUGUCCCAUCUCGUUCCCGAUACGUUCCCCAAUCCCCACAACUACAACUCACUUCACUGUUAUUGGCAUCCCUCUUGCACAAGCGCGCUCAUUCACCGUACAAUAUUUGGAUCGGGAAUUUGGGAUAGCACGCUUGCAGCUGUCAAAUCAAGCGAUUCGCGGCUAUAGCACGUCGAUUUUAAUUCUAAAUAUUAUAAAUAUGUUUUAUUUGCUUUGCAGUGUCUUUACUUGUGUUUUGUCACGUGCAAAAACAAUGUGAAAAGUGGUUGUUAAUAAUAUUUUCUUAGUAACUUGUAUCCUUUCUGACUGGUAUGAUUUGAUUUAAUCUAUCGAAGACGCAGAAUGUGAGAUGUUUACCCUCAGAAGUGUUGAAGUGUAAAGUGAUGAAGAUACCUGGUAUAAUAUAGUGUCAACAUUCUAUCGGACAAUCAAAAAGGAUACAUUGAGAAAAGAAAAUGCGGAUCAAGACUUACACUGAUUUACGCCCGAAUGGGCCACCGCCACGGCUGGGGCUUAAGGCGGCGAGCCCCGGCGUCGCGGGCACGGACGAGGACUGCAACAGCAACACCAGCCUUGCAGGGAGCCAGCACUCGGCUCACGAUGACCUCGACGCGCACUGCGACAACUCCGGCUACUUGUGGUUUCUCGAUUAUAACCCGAUAUUUCGAGACAGUUCGUGUCACCACACCUCAGUUCUGUCCUCGGUGUCCGCGUCCUACAAGGGUAUAAGCGAUCUCGCCGCCCGCUUCGAAUUCACAUCCCGGUACAACGACAUUGCCCGGGAUCUGGACGCGAACCUUGCCGAAGCCGACAUGGAAAGCUUCAAGACAGAAGACAUACACGCGCUGCUGAUGACCGCCAACUUGCCACAUGACACCAUCAUUGAUGAUAGGGCACACGAUAGUAACCCGCGUGGCGAGAUGUUUGCGAGCAUCUCGAGCUCUCUGAUGGAAAAGUUUCGGUUCGAGAGCAGUAUCAGUUUCGACAGUAGCCUCCAGGGAGAGGAGUCCGUCGGUUCCAUCAACACUAUGUCAAUAUGCAAGUCAGAGUUGCUGUUCUCGCCUGUAAAGGAGGGUGCACACGGCGUACAUUUCAGUGUUGACAGUCUCGACUGCGAACUGCCUACAGAACAAGACCUAAUUCUAACAUGUCAGGCCAAUAAGGACAACUACACCAUCGCCUUUGAGGGCAGCCUCACCACUUAUUCCGAGGACAGCGAAUGUAUUGAUUCGACCGUCAAUCAAAAACAUGACAAAAUGGACAAGGAAGACGAGAAUAUAGUUUUAGAUAAUGAUGAAAGAACGCGCAGGAAUUUAGAAUUAUUAGAAAGAUGUAAGAAAUUAACUAAUAAGCUAACUACUUCUAUGGCUAGAAGCGACUUAGGAUUAACUACUUGGAGUAAGCUUAAGAAACAAAACAAUCAAUCUCCUUUGAGGAGGCACCCAUCAGGAAAUAACAAUGAAGAUUCAAAUGAAACGACUGAUGCAACAAACGAUAUGAAUAAUUCUGUUAUCAAAAGCCAAAGUUUGCCAAAUCUUUAUAGAAGAAAAUUAAUGAACAGUUCUAUCAAUUCUGCUGCUUUAAGUAACUCAACUGUCGAUUCUUUUACCGCCAACCAAAGAUUAACUGGUAAUUCGAUAUGUAUGAAAGUUUACGACGUAUCACAGAAUCGCUCCUCGCACGGAAGUCAGCAUUCAGAACCAAUGAGUACAUCUUCUACAGAAAACCAAACUUCAUCUGAUAAAAGUCAACCAAAACAACAAUUCAGUUUAGUAAAAUUGUUCAUGAAGCAAAAGAGCAUGAGUAAUGACGGAAUUGUCAAUAUGGAGCAACUAGAUCGAUCUGAGUGCUGGCCUUCUAGUGAAAGUGGAGAUUCAAUGGGUGAACAAAAAAUUACAGAUUUGAAAACAAAUGAGCGACCUCAAGCAGAAUUACCGAGUAACAUCGAAGAAGUAACAACUGUUGUUUACGAGGAAAUUAAUCCUUAUAAUAAUAGAGUAUACGAUGACGUUUUGAUCGAAGAAGAAGAAACAGUCGAUGGGACGAAAUUAAGUGACAGUGACACUAAUUUAUACGCUACUGUAAACAAACCUCAUAUUAAGAGAGCAAAUAUUAACAUUACAAAUAGUCCGUCUAAAAUAAGAAGUAAUCGCAAGUCAUACUCUUCACAAUCUUCGGCAACUAGUGUUAGUAUUUCAAGCUGUUCUGAAUCAGAUGGUACACAAAUCACAAGAAUGACUAAACUAUUGCAAAGAGAACCUUGUGAUAAUAAAUCUACAUCUACUCAUUUUGAAACUACUACAAUUGAUAAAAGUAUUCAAACGUCAAGCUUGCAAAUUUCGAAAGUAUCUCAAGACCGUGAAAUACUUAAAGUAGUUGAGCCAUCAUUUUUAGAAAAACUAAAAGAAGGAGACUAUGAAAAACCUGUAUUUAUUUUAUAUCCUAGUUAUACAUUACCAGAUAUUAGUUUUUUGAAUGGAAGACCAAAUAUAUAUCUGAAUCCUGUUCACGUAAAUGUAUCGCCAAGACGUAGCGAUAAUAAAAGAAAUAAAUUACAAAAUAAAGGGAAGCGACCUUUUUCAUGCAAUGAUGUUGAAUUAUUAAAGAAAAAAGGUAUUGGACAUAUUAAAGACUGGGAUUCACUUAACUUUUUAUUACCUGUAGAGUGUAAACAAAUGUUAUCAGAACUGCCUGAGGUAAUGCAACAUAUUAAAGAAAAAGAAAAUUUGUCUAAAUGUAAUAAGUAUUGUACUGUAUCUCCAUCCUCCAAAUCGAAGAACAGACCUAUGAGUUGCGAUUGUAAUAACUUGACUGGAAAUAACACAGCUGUAUCUUCAAGUUCAAGUACAGCGACACAACCAUCUUCAGGAUAUCGAGGUUCAUCAACAAUGUUGACUGAUUCCUCUGCUCAAAACAGCCCAGCACCUGCAGGCAACUUUAAUCCGUUAUUCGUAUAUCGAUAUGAUAGUGCAACAAGCUCUGAGGCUAGUUGUGUUAAUAAUGACGGCCAACGAAAUCAUCCUGUUAUACCAAAACGAUCACUUUCGGUAGCAGAUCAGAAUAGAAUUCCUAAACAAGGCGAAGUACCACCAGCAAGACCUCCCCUUCCAAAAAGUAUAUUACGAAAAUCAAUGGACAAAACACGUAAAUCAAGUUCUCACGCCAAACGUUACAGCAUGUUUGAAAUAGAUGAUUUUGCACAAGAUCCUACAGUUUGCAUGACUGCAACAACCGAACACAAAUCUAAACGAAGAUCACUUCAAGAACCUUAUUAUUUACAAAACCAUAACAUUGAUUAUAGAAAAAAUAACGAUUUAGCAGCAAAAAGAUUAUCCCAACAAUUUUUAGAUGCAGCCGAAAAAGAUGCUGAUUAUAAUGAAUAUUAUCAAGAUGAGGGCGUCGGUACUGAAAGUAGUCUAGAAAGUGGAAAAUCUAAUGAAUUAAAAUUCAAUAGGCCUCAUACACCUCCGUUGCCGAAACCAAGAACAAAGAAACUUGAAUAUACCGAGUUUCCGCCACCUAGUGCACUUAUCAGUAGUGCUGAUUUACAACAAUUAGAAGAGUUCUUAAAACAAAGUGGAGUUCAAUGUCAAAAUAUGGAUGAAUGGGACCAAAAUCAAGUACAAAAGGGCAAAAAUUUAGCUGAAAUCCCGAUAUGCGAAGAAGCUGAAGUAAGCCCUGAUGAAUUUGGUAGUCCCUUACUCCAUGACGGAAGAGGAAAAUAUGAUUUUAUUGAUGUGUCACAAAAGAGAGCCUUAGUCUCAAAUGUGACGGACGCAGUAGAAAUGUUGAUUCAACACUUCUCUCCAGCGACGGAUCAGGCCGAAUUAGCAUUCUUAGGAGAUUCCAAACAAUCUCCAGCCUGUGCUAAAAUAGCUCUUAAUGCAUUGUGCCCAGCUUUAUAUGCUAUAUUCAGAGACGGACUCAAGGAUAGUAUCGAGACAUCAUUUGGAGCUGUAAAUAAUUCCGUUUGGCAAAUGGUCGAAGCUACAGCGAGACAAGGACCUAUUACAAAAUCUCUCAACGAAUUAGUAUUGAGGAUUAACAGUGAGGAUGCUGUAACAGAAGGACUUGUCAAAUUUAAUGCAUUCAUUCUGGGUUUACUAAAUGCACAAUCAGUGGAUGCUUGGGUAUCAUAUGUACGAACUAGAGAAUCGGUUCUAGCCAAGCAUUACGGCCCUGAUUCCAUCAUGCUCGCUGGUUGCGUCGGUGAACCACGCUGCCGAACACUCUUGGAUACCUUAUUGGCCAGUUUAGAACCCUUAAAACUUCUACCAUUCUCCCUGGAUCUCAUGUUUGAAAUGCGAGAACUUCACCGAAGUUUCAAGAAGAUCGAAAGUGAUAUGCGUGCUGCAAGUCGGCCCACUUCGAUUAACACUCCGCCACUAACACUGAAUCAGCGGAACUUGCUGAAGCUGGUCCGGUCGAUGCAGUCGAGCGGGGUCUCGAGCGACGAUUGUCAAACUAGCGUCAUAAUGAGACAAAAAGAGCCCAGGCACAAGGAACCGUCCACACCCGAUCUGUUGAACGAUUCGGCGAAUGUCAAAACUACAGUCGAAAAAAAUAGACCUCGAUCAUGUGUUAACCCUACAUCAAUCGGUUACGAUAUAUGCCCGAAUAACAGUAGGAUCGAGUUAGAGACGAACCGCAGAUGGUCUGGAGUACAACUUGGCUCAAAACUUAUGCAGGCGUUCGAUCGGCUCGUUUUCGAUGACAGCGAUGAUUACACUGAUAGUCUUGAAAACAAUAAAACUACCGUUAAGACAACCGGCAAUGACGCGAAGUUGGAAUGUAGCGGAGAAGAGCAAUGGCGGCCGGGAUCAGCUGGGAGCGGUGCUAGCGGUAACACUGGCAACGGUAGCGCAAACUCUGGGGGCAAAUUCAGACGGUUGCAACUUAAAUGGGAGCUACUAAGUAAUGCUGAAAGUCCCACCACUCCGUCAGGUGAAACUUCACCAGCGGCCGCUAGGGGAUCAAAAAUUCCUCGGCCCGUGUCUUCACCAGUACGACCACAAGUACCUACGCUUCAGUCGCCAGCAAAGAACACCCACCGUGGUAUACCAGUGCCAGUGCGUAAAGGCACGUCCCCCACUGCGGCACAGCCACGUGCCCCGUCCGCGCGACCCGCCGCCGCAGCUAGCACCACCGCUGGCAAACGGCCCCAACCUGCCAACAGAGUUACACCUGAAGUAACACCGAAGAAAAUCAUCGCGAACAAACCACGAGUAUCAAACGAAGCAGUUGUUAAAAACAACAAUACAAAGAAAUCGCCAACGUCCCGCGUGGACCAGGCGUGGCAGGGCGGCGCGGCGCCGCGGCCGGCGUCGCUGCCGUACGGGCGCGCCGCCGCGCCGCCCGCGCCGCGCCGCGCCGCCUCCUCCUCCGCCGCGCGCACGCAGCGCGCCGCCAACAACCAGAAGCACAAGUACGUGAGAACUCUAUGGCACAGAUUGCCGUCAGACUCCGGCCACUUAGCGUUUAACGAGGGCGAACGUCUACGGUUGAUAUUAGAAGUUGACGACCAAUAUCUCCUGUGCUGUCGAGGUGAACAGAAGGGCCUGGUUCCACGAGAUGCUGUCUUGUUAGAGGACUUCUGAUAUUGGCAACCAUAGCACGACUGGCAGCCGUGCUGGAGGCCGCUACGUCUAAAUGGAAAUUUCGGAAAAUGAAAAGACGUGUUGUGAUAUUAAACAGUUUACUCUUUAGGGUUAUCACCAAGUAUUUUUGGAUUUUUAAACAAUUGAAACAGUGUCUCAAACAUGUCACUUUUUGUUCUUUAAAAAUCCAAUUAAAUCACAGUAUUAUUUUUAAUCUUAAAGAGUAAACUAUGAGUGUUGUAAAUUAAGGAACAUUUUGGUACCGAAUCAGGGAAACAGUGACGUUCAGUUUUGUUAGAGACUAUUUACUGAAAAGUAGAAAAAGUGAUGAGAACUCUGCUGAUCACUAUCGAUGUAUAUAUUAUAUAUAACUUUUUAGUCUUAUUACUCGCCUCCUUCGUCGACUUUGACUGUAUUUUAGUGUAAUAAAUUAUUUAAUUUCUACGUUACGUUCUUCAUAAUUAAUCAUCAUUUCAGUUCUCGUAUAGAAUCUUCAACAUCACUUAAUGUGAAUUCUCGCAUUUCUCAUUAUGUAGUAAAAUCUAGUCUUACGUUAUAGGGCACGAUGAAGUCUUGGACUGUACAUACUAUUACAAAUAAGAGAAACACAAGUUGUGGAAAAUUUACUGGUGAUGGGGCGGUAUUAUCGCAGCGCAUUUCAUUAGCAGUAAAUAUUUUCUUCAAUGCGAUGUGAUAUAGAUAAUUAUUUACAUUAUACUGUAAGGACAAAAUCUCAUAAUCUUAAGGGCAAACUCCUUUUUAUGCUAAAUUAAUCAAAAUCACGUUGCUAAGAGAAUGACACCCGAUACUAAUUCGAUAUUUAGAUAAAUUACUUCAAUGUCAAUGGAUGUCUAAAAUUACCCCUAUAAUGUUAGCGUUUAUGUAUCAUAAUGUUAUACUUAUUGGCAUAUAGUGUAUUAUACGUACAUAUUUAUAUUUUAUAGAGCUAUCCGCGUUGCUUUUUUCUCUAACUUUAUUAAUAGAUAGGUAUUGUUGUUGCGUGAUACGUUACAGGUUACAUAUUUAUACAAUAGACACAAUAAAUCGAAUCACCACGGAUUCGUGCUUUAACUUACCUUUAUGUAUAACCGCAUGCAUCCUCUCCUGUAGCACCUUCCUUCCACGGUCUGUGGGUUUCGUAAUACCUAGGAAAAUAACUGUAGGUAGCUUUAAUAUUUAACAUAUUAACAUACCCUCUACCACAGUUCUAUCCUUUCAGCUGUCCUACAUAAAUACCAUUCAGUAGCGGUGUUGGAGCUUAACACAUUAGUCAUAACUAAACGCAUGCGCCUAUCCACUUGCCACCUCCUCAGUCCAGCACAUCGCGAAAAUACACGCUAGAAUUCAGAUUUAUAAAGCACAUAUUUGAAUACACUUAAAACUCGUACACAACUGUAAUUUUGCAACAACUACCGAUCAUUUAAAGAUUUUAAAAAAGUUAUUUUGCUUUCCGCUAGUUAUUUGUAACGUUAUUGUGAUAUAAUAAUCAUAUCACUGCAUAAAUGCGGGCCUGCAGAGAAAAUGAUAUUUUGGUACGAAUUUGUAUUGCUCAAGUUGGAACAACAACAUUAUUCGAUGAUAUGAUAUUAAUAUUCGCAAGUGAAUAAAUACUCUUAGUGUAACCUUUAAUUAUACUCAUCGACUUUCAGUAUUGGUUCAUGUGUACCUAUAAGAUAUUGUGUACAUAAUAUUCUAUGAGAAUUAUCAUUAUAAUAGUGAAAUUAGAGGUCAAAAUUUGUAACAAACCUUUUGAAUGCACGAUACAGUUCCUCUCGUAGUCGGUCGUGCUAUCGAGUCACAACGUUGGUGAAAUUGUAGUUCGUAUACCUAUAUUCGUAGUGUCAAAAUUAAUGUACGCGUAUAUACGAGUACGGUGUCUUCUCGAGGUGGACGUGAUGUAUUGAAACUUGCCAGUGUUAAUAAAUUAAACGAUCAAGAGGCUCGUCGAUAAAUCUCAUUAUGUGUAAGGUGAGCAUAUGUUGACACAAAUUAGAAUUGUACAAUAGACGUAAUUAAUACAAUAAUUAGUAUACUUUAAAUAUUGAUUGAAUUGAUUAGUUGAAAUAUUCUAUUAGAUGAACGUAACCGUAUUGUGGAUUUCCUUUUGUAAAAUUGACAUGUCAUUACCAUUUUAGAAUUAAUUCGCGCUUUGUGACUGAAUGAUGUGAUGUGGCCUUUUGUAUGUAUAUUAAAGUUAUAAUAAUGUUGUUGUGUCGUGAAAGUGUGCGCUUGUUGCAUCAGCCGGAGUAUUCACUGUACGUCUACUUAACUGCGAUUAGCAUCGGGGAAUGCUUCCACAAAUUAUUUAUGUAAUUAUUAUUAUAAUGGGAACUCCUAAAUAGCCGUUAAAGUAUUAGUCGAACAAACAUGCCUUAAACAGUGUUGAGGUGAGCAGUGAGACCGCGAUAGCUUCCACAUAAUCGCUUGGCCGUUAGUGUAUCCUUUCACAGUAAUAUUUAGAGGAGUUUGUUAGUUGUAAGUUUUUAUCAACAGUUUGUAUUGUCGAACGAUGUUAAAACAGGUUUUUUAUAAGGUGACUUUAUCUCCUGCGCGUUCGUUUUAAGAUGUUGUUGGCUAAAUAUGGCGAGUCAGUUGUCCCUAUCGGUACAAACCGUUAAGUUAUUUUUAAUAUUAUUACACGUAAGAUUUUAUUUAUAAUUUACGAUCGGGAUCAAUAAGUUGAACUUGGGUUAAAUUCUUUAUUUUCUUAAGAAAAAUAAUAUUUAAAAUAUAAAUAAAAAAAGAAGCUUUCGUUAAGUUACGAAACGCAACGAACGACUGAGAAAUUAAUUCCGAAUAUAAUAAUUUAAGUUAACCUCGAGAAUCAUGCUAAUUAUAUAUUUCGAUGAGACAUUUUGUCAAUCAAUGUAUGUAUUGUUUAAAGAUAUUUUAUUUGUAUUAAGUGCCAUAAUUUAAUGAAUUAACAUUGAUAAAUAUUAUUGUAAUGCAUAACCAUGUACACCAAUUAAACCAAUAUAUAAAAGA